AUGACGCCUCGACCAAUCAGUGACCAGCCCUGGGGAGGGGGGCGGGGGAGUGGCCAUGAGAAUGUCAGGCCUCAAAAGAGGCUCGCCUCCAGCGUCCUCCGCUCUGUCGAGAAGGCCUGGCUGGACUCUGAGAAGACUAAUGAAAUAGCCACUGCCGGCUCCCGUUGGCAGAUCCAGAGCCGAUCACAAGCCGCAAAGAACACCGCGGGUCUAAGACGAGCGACCACCGCCUGCAUCACAGCAGAUACCUGCAAGCGAAGGAGAGCGUGUCCCAGAGAGGGCGGAUUCUCACGGAACACAUCAGAGCUGCAGACGGACAACGCCCGCAGGGAGCUCCUGGCUGACAGGGCCGAGAGCUCAGGGCGAACACGGGAAGCACGUCAGCGCCCUGGGGAGCUGCUCCCGGCCAAGGCCAAGCUCCUGGAGGCCGGCCAGGAGGCAGAGACCACGAAAUAA